AGCUGAGGCGAGGGGGCCGCGGGGGCUGCCGGGAAGGGGGCGGCCCGCCGGCAUGGCGCACAAGCAGAUCUACUACUCCGACAAGUACGACGACGAGGAGUUCGAGUACCGGCACGUGAUGCUGCCCAAGGACAUCGCCAAGCUGGUGCCCAAGACCCAUCUGCUGUCGGAGUCGGAGUGGCGGAACCUGGGGGUGCAGCAGAGCCAGGGCUGGGUGCACUACAUGAUCCACGAGCCAGAGCCUCACAUCCUGCUCUUCCGUCGGCCGCUGCCUAAGAAGCUGGAGAAGUGAGCGGCUCACGGGAGCCUCACCCCCACCCCGAGCUGAGACAGCGCCUUCCUCGUUCUACUCCUUCCCGGCCCGGUGCCAGAGACCCUUGGUGCUGCCUGGACAGCGGUUAGGUCCCGGUACCGAGGACCCUUCCCCCACCCUACCUGAACACCCUCCAAAUCUUCAAUAAAUGAACUUUUCAGA